AUGGCAGCACAUUGGGCCGUCACUCUCAUUCUGCUGCUCGUCAUCGUCAGUGCUGACGUUACAACCAGCGCACCUGUCGUCAAUUCAGCGAUUCUCGAUUUUUCUCUGGCGAUUCACCCUGCCGCCGUUCCUGCCACAGGAAAUGCCGCCUUAACCGCCGCGAGUAUCGGUCGUAAGGGCGGCAGCGGAAUCGCCGGCCUUUCCGCAGCCGCCGGCGCCGAAAAUGGUGGCGCUGUCGCCGUCGAGAGAGACGACACCGCUGUUACUGCUGCUUCUGCUGCCGAUGCUUCCGCCGAUGGUGAUGCUGGCGGUGCGCAAGGCGGCAAGGGCGGCGGAUACACGGCGCCGAAGGACCACCGCACGGAGCUGCGGUGGGACGUGUACAGCAUCAGCGGCCUCAUUCUCACUGCAUGCUGCGCGCUACUGGCGAACGCGGCGGGGAUAGGCGGGGGCCCGUUCUACAUGCCGCUCUUCAACUCCUUCCUCGGCUUCACCGCCAACGCCGCCACCGGCCUAUCACACACCAUGGUCGCCUCCAGUGGCGUGGCGAGCACGUUCUACGGGCUGAUUCAGAGCAGCCCCGCGGACCCAUCGCAGCCGUUGAUCGACCUGCGUCUGGCGCUCACCUUCACGCCCGCGCUGCUUCUGGGCGUCAGCUGCGGCGUGCUUCUCAACCCGCUCCUCCCGCCCUGGCUCCAGACGUCCCUACUAGCAGUGCUGCUGGGGUACGUGGCGAGGGAGACGGGUAUCAAGGCGAGCAAGGCGUGGGAGAAGGAGACGCAAGCCGCCACUGCCAGGCAGAACCAGCAGCAGCAGCAGCAACAGCAGCAGCAGCGGCCCCCCUCCACCUCCACCUCCUCAAUCAACACACCUCUGCUUUCACAGUCAGCUGCAGCAACUGCCCCCUCCUCCUCCUCCCCUGCCGCCCACGCUCCUUCCAAGCGGCGCUGGUUGGACCCGUCCAGUGGAUAUGGGCGGCUGACUGAUUUCGUGGCUCACACUGCCGCCCAGCUUCUGCCACUUGUGGGCCUUGGCGUGUUGUGGGCCGCAAUGAUGGCUCUUGAGUGCGGGCUGGCCGGCACCACGCGGUGCAGCCGCCCGUUCUUCCUCUACUGGGCGGCACAAACGCUGCUGUGCUUCGCUGCCACUGCUGCCAUGGUGGCCUAUCAGGUUCGAGCGGCGUCCACCAAUCCGGAUGCAGAGGGGGCGUCAGCACUCUCACGGGUGCUCAUGGCGGGGCAGACAGAGGAGGACGGGGCAGGCGCUGAUGACGUUCUUGAGGCCCGGAGAAAGCGGGCUGCCCAGAAAAUAUUUAAGAUCACAGCAUCAACGUGGGUGAUGAUGGUGCUAUUCAGCAGUGGUCGUGAUCGACUUACCUUACUUGUGCAACCGUCGUGUGCCGCUCGCCCCACUCCCUCUCACUUUCCCACUUCUCUUCCCCUACACCCAAACCCGUGCGCCCACCCGCCCUUUCCCUCCCAAUCUCCUCCAGAGCACAGCAUCAACGUCAGUGAUGAUGGCACCAUGCCACUGCACCAACCGUCUUGUGCCACUGACCCCACUCCCUCUCACUACCCCCUCCCUCUCACUAACCCCUCCCUCUCACUACCCCCUCCCUCUCACUUCCCCCUCCCCCCUUCCAGAUAA